CACCACGCCAAGCUGAGCUUAGUGGCUCGCUUCCUCUUUCACCGAAAAAGCAAGAUAUUUGCCGGUAUUUGUACAUCAUUUCAUUUACAAUUUAGCUUGGCACAAAGCUAAAUCAACGACCAACACAACUGGGAGCGAGACAACCUAACAUGUCCACUAUGAAUCCCGAAUAUGAUUAUUUGUUCAAGCUUCUACUUAUCGGAGACUCUGGUGUUGGAAAAUCAUGCUUGUUGCUUCGGUUCGCGGAUGAUACAUAUACAGAAAGCUACAUCAGCACAAUUGGUGUCGACUUUAAAAUACGAACCAUAGAAUUGGAUGGCAAGACGAUAAAGCUGCAAAUUUGGGACACUGCAGGUCAGGAACGAUUCCGUACCAUAACCUCUAGCUACUACAGAGGAGCUCACGGAAUUAUAGUCGUUUAUGAUGUUACAGACCAGGAGUCGUUUAACAACGUCAAGCAGUGGUUACAAGAAAUUGACCGGUAUGCAUGUGAAAAUGUUAAUAAACUACUUGUUGGGAACAAGUCUGAUCUUACAACAAAGAAAGUAGUGGACUUCACAACAGCAAAGGAAUAUGCAGACUCCCUGGGAAUACCAUUCUUGGAAACAAGUGCCAAGAAUGCCACAAAUGUGGAGCAAGCUUUUAUGACAAUGGCAGCAGAAAUAAAGAAUCGUAUGGGACCAGCGCCGGCUCAACCUGGAACUAGUAACGUCAAAAUCAAUUCUAGUACGCCAGUUAAGCCAAGCGGCGGUGGAUGUUGUUAGUAACUAAUCAAAGACACUGGACUACAAACCAUUUGGUUUUAGUUACUUAAUACUCCUACCAGCAAAAAAUGAUAUUAAGGACUCCCAUUUUAUACGUCUUUCCAAGUUUCAAAAUAACACAGACUUUCUUCUGGGAAGGGAUAUAAGUGGGAGUUUCCAAUGAUUGAAAUGUUGACGGUCACUUCUAUCCUACAUCUUGACAAAAUGGUGCAACAUAUAUUAGACAGCGAAUUGUAGACUUAAUAUCUUUCCCUUUACUAAUCACUCCUCUGAUAUCUACUUUCUUUUUUUUUUUUUAAAUUUAAAUGUAGCAGUUAGAUUUUCGAAAGAGUAAACUGGUACCAAAGCAUUGUAUGUUAAAUUGAUGACACUGUUUUAGUGUGUUCAAUAGAAUUUGCUGUAUUGCAAAUUAAAAAUAAACUAUUGUUGAAUUGAGAGAUUGUUGAUUAAAACCACACUUCGCAAAAAAUAGCAAAUUUAAUUUCAACUUUAUUCAUAGUAAUACUUUAAUCUAAGAGCAUGGCAGUCAGUGAUCUUUGGUGACAAUUUACACUUAAGAGUAACCUUAAGGGUAAGGGCAUAGUUUUAUAUGGAGUUCACUUGUUAAACAAAAAGAAAAAUCAUUCAGAACAUUUUGUAAUUCUUAGGAACAUGCUGUCUUACGCAAAGUUUCUAUUCUUAAAACCUUUUCGGAAAUUGUUGAAAACCUUAUAGCCAAACAACAUCUGGCCAUGAGGCUGAAUUCACACAUGUUUUGUUCAAUAACCAUUUUCACAUUUAGAUUUGAUGGUUGGGUUUGCACCAGUGAUGAGAAAUUAUUAUAAUUAUUGUUUUGAAAUCAAGGUUUGUUAAACAACAUAGACUUACUUUGAAAGUAGCCAGUAAGAUGUCAAGAAGCAAGUACUAUUUUUGGUGAAAAUGCUCAUGGAAACUGCCCAAAGAUUUUAAACUUCACUUAUAAUCUCCAAUCGAAGACAAUAGAUCCAGCUUUAGUUUUUAGAAUGUUUAUGUUGAUUGAGCCACUUGGCUGUCUUCGUUGAAGCCGCUGUUUUGGCUUGUCAUAUGAUCCUUGGAAACUAAUCCAUAGCAACUACAAAGGAGAUUGAUGGAAGGAAUGCUGAUUUAACAAAAUGUGUUGCUAGGGAUUGAUGAACAUGUGUUGUUGCCAGGCAACUUCAACAAAUGAUAGCUAUGGGCUCACUCAAUUUGCAGAGACAGUACCUGUUCUCUUGACUGAAUAGCCAUUUUAGGAAAGGCAGAACAAGCCAAGAAAACAUCAGUUGGGAACAUUCUUCUGUGCAGAGGAAUAUCCUGGCAAGUGGUGACAUUGUGAUCAAUUUUCCCAGUUUUACCCUCUCCAUUUUUCCAGAAAUAAACAAUAACAAUAAUGCCAGUGAAUGCUAUGUUUUGCAUCUCCUAAAAUGGGUCUUUCUGGCAUUGUAUUUGCAUUCAAGGUGUGCUGAACAGUAGUUUCAGUGCAGACAUGUAAUUAAUUAUAUGCAAGCAAAAGAAUAUUCUCCUUUUUGUUGUAAUUAUAGAGCUAUGUUCAAUAAAAAUGUGUGAGUAUGUCAUGUCUACAA